AUGUCGAACAAAGCCCUCGACCUCUUCGAGCCAACCUGCAAGGACGGCGCAAAAUGGUAUGCCUGCGAGGCCACAUCUUCAAACCGCUCACCCUUCGUGGGCUGCUGCAAGACUGACCCCUGCUCCAUCAGCGGCUGCGCACUCGGCAACCUCGCGCCCGUCUCCUUCAAUGCCUCCGCGUACGGCACCCUGCCCGACCCCUCCUGUGGCUCCGCGUCUACCUUUUACUCGUGCGUCAACAUUCCAAAAAACGAUACCACUUUCUGGGGUUGCUGCAAGACAAACGCGUGCAACCACCAGGGCGAGCCAGACAACAAGAGCUGUCCGCAGAACGACCUCACCGCGGCUGUACUCGAUACCGCAAGUCUACAGCAAGCAUACAGCAUUGAUGGAAAGACUGGAUUAGACAACUCCUCGGGCGGGUCGUCGCACACAGGCGUCAUCGUAGGCGCCGUAGUAGGCGGCGUCGCUGUCGUGGCCAUCAUCGCGCUCCUUGUCUUCUGCCUCUUUAAGAAGCGCCGGAACGCAAAGAUUGACGCGCGACCCGCGUCGUCCUCAUCGCGCGCCGCGUUCCCCGGCCAAGGAGAGAAAACAGAGUACCGCCACUCUGCCUACGACGAAGGUACGAACACCACUUCCACUCUCUCCCCCGCGACGCCCGCGUCCGCGCACAUGCACCCCCCUCGUGGACCUCACGACCACGCUCUCGGCAUAUCUAACGCCUCCCUAGCACCGCCACUGUAUAAUAGCCCUAAACCUCCACCGUUCGCGGCGUUUGGACAACACCAGUAUGCACCUGUCGCGCAGAGUAGCGAGCCGCAAGAACUCCCGGCCGACUUCACGGCUGGGGGUACUCAACGGUACUCUGAGUUGCCCGCGGAAGGCGCGCAUCCCAUGCGCGCGCCUGCGGAGUUGGAGAGUCCCAUGGUGAGUCCGCAGCCGUUUGCGAGUCCGAGGCAGAGCCCCAAGGUGCCGCAGUCAUCAAGGGCAGGAGAGGGGACUGGGGAGAGGCCUGGGACCGCGGAUACGACGUAUAGGGUUAGUUUGGGAGGGCUUGGGAUUGCGUCGCCGCGGUAG